GGAGACCCUCUGCAGCGGGGAGCUGGCAAACAUGGCGGACCAAAACAAGAAAGACACCGAACUGAAGUUCUACAGUGAAAUAUUAAGUCCAUCUGAACUGUUCGCAGCCCGGUCCAGGAGUCACAAGAUCCCAGUCAGAGGACAGAAGGACUUCUUCCCCAAUGACUCAGACGAGCAAAGACAGCACCUUGAGCAAAGUCUAAAUGAGCACUGGAGCCUUAUAUCAGAGGAGAGAGUGGAGAGGCUGUGAAGGAAACCUAGUGAAGGCCACAUGGAUUCCAAGUGAGCAGAUUGUGGAGCUUCAGUCUCCAGCUGGAAAGUUCUGGCAGACUAUGGGCUUUUCUGCCAACGGCAAGCAGUACCUCCUCCCUGAAGAGGCUCUUUACCUGAUGGAGUGUGGAAACGUGCAGGUGUUUUACCGGGACCUGCCGCUGUCCAUCCAGGAUGGGUAUGAGAGAUUUCUGUCUUCGAGCACAGUGAGCCUCCAGCAAUAUCAGGUGUUUGGGCAUUUGAAGAGGCUUGGCUAUGUGGUGCACAGAUUUGAUCCCAGUACAGAGCCAUCAUCUUAUGCAAGGCAGUUGAACCUGCCUGUGUCACGUGAGAAAGUGGGAAGACAACUGAAGAGGAAGCGUAGUGCCAGCCCCACCCUCACCACAACAUCCAGUCAUACUAAAGCACAAGAAGGAUCCACAACUGAAAGAAUGGAGGAGGAUAAAUGUGGCCUUCAACGUGAGGAGGAUAAAGAACUUCCUGAGUCCCACCAGAUGAUGCCUUCAGGGACUCCAGACACCCAGACUAACACCACAGGUUCAGAAGACCAAGGCAGGGGCAGGAAUUGGUGGAUGACAGAUGUUCUCGUGGACCGAUCAGAUCACCAGCCCGCCUGUGGUAGCUCACGCUGGGACUUCAGCUCCAUCACUUUCCCUGACCUGGGCUCCAGGAAGCAGCUCUCCAGCUGCCUGGCCUCUCCAGACCCCUCUCUGCUCCCUGGGUCUUUGGCUGUGGGAGUCUGUGACAUUGCUCACUGGAGUCAAAAAAUAAACCUGAGGGAGGUGAAGAUGUCCGCAAAGGACAAGAAGAGGGAAGAGGAUCAGCAGAGGCACCGGCGGGACAGAGAGGUUCAGCGAUGCAGAAACUGGGCGGAGUAUUGGGAGCUCAUGGCGAGGCGGCAGGGGGAGCAUAGAGGCCGACCAGCACAUUUAUGGGACAGAGAAGUCACUCCUUUACAUGACCCAACACAGCCAAUCCCCCAUGGGGAGCUGCUGGAUAAAAUCAGUGUGAUUAAAUCUACAAAUUUGCUGGAGGGGGCAUCCAGGUUAAAAGGCUCCGAUGACUGGAGGAUUUGUUUCAAUGUUUACCAACCGGAUUCAGUGGCUGACUUCAAGAAGAGCAACCCGGGAAAGCCGUACUCCAGGAUGUGUGUGUGCAGUUUCGAUGGCCCCGUACCUGACCUGCGAGCCAUCAAGCAGUUGGCCUUCCAGAGUGGAGACAUCCCAGUGGUCUUUGCUGUGGUGGACUAUGGAGACAUCUCCUUCUACACCUUCAAAGACUUCCAGCUGCCCACUGAUGUGUACCCCUGACACCUCACUGUUCUUCACCAAACAACACGUAUCCAGGACUUUAAAAUUAAUCUGCAUCUGUCGGGUGGCUGGACAUACAAAAAUAAAAAUAUAUAAGCAAUCGUUGAUGUUACAUAUAAAAAGAAAAAUCCUGAGAAAGUGCUUUUGUGUGUCUGGCCAGUGUUUUGCAGUUGGAGGGGAGUUUUUAGUGCCAAAGUUUCAGUCCUGAGUUGGGAUCUGUACAGUUACUACUUCAGAGCCGUGCCAAAUUCUACACAUAGUCGCUUUAAUACACUAGUGACAGAAAAGUGACCAGUGAUUUUAAAAAAAAAAAAAAAAAAAAAGUGGCUUUAUCAGUUUUUAUGCCUUGGUACACUCCUGACAGUGCUCUUAGGAAGAAAAUACAUUUUUCUCCAAUCAUUAAGACCAACAAACUAAGUUUACCAAACUUUUUGUUGUGUAUUUUCUGCAGCAACACCAACAACAUAGAUUAACGCCUCAUUUCCACAAUUAAAUUUAAUGUCCAUAUUUCCGUUAAGUAUAUGGAGUUUACUCCAGGUGUUCAACACAUUGGAAAUGCAUCUCUUUAUGGAUGAAUAAACAGCCACUGCAGUGUCAGAUCUUGUGGAACAUGUGCAUGGAGCAGGACAGAGACAAAAAACAGGACCAGUAAUGCAUGGCGACAAAUAAGUGGGGAGAUUGGCUGCCACGUGUGUAGCCAGCUUUGUAAAAUACUUUGCUAAAAGACGUAUGAUCCACCCUGCAUGCACUCUACAUUACACUGCUAGCAUGCUUCCAAUGGUAGACAGCUAAAUAUGCUCUCAAACUGUUCCCUGAGAAAAAAAAUGUAUAAAUAGAGCUGUAUUACAUUUAUCAGUCUACAGUCUGCUGCAAAAGAUCAAUUUUUUUCAACAUAUUCGAGGCAAAUUCCAGACUGAAAAAAUAAUGGAAGGAGUUGUCUUGCAAACACAUCAGACAUCAUAGAGGUUCUUUGACUCACAUACAUACAUACACAAAGCUAUGUGGAAACAAGGCGUAAGAACUCUCUUCCUAGUGGGAAAUAAGUUGUUGCUACAACACCCAAAUAAUGGUGGUGAUGUAUAACAUUUACUCAAGUACUUUAAAUACCUUAUUAAAGUACUUUUACUUUAAGUAUUUCCAUUUUAGGCUACUGUAUACUUCUACUCUGCUACAUUCAGAGAAAAUAUUGUUCUUUUUCCUGCAAGACAUCAAUUUGAUAACUUUGAUUAUUAAUUACUUGAGAGAUUCAGGUUAUUAAUUCAUCAAUUAAUUAAUGUAAAUCAACAAAUAAAUUAUGUAUUACAGAUACCCUGCUGUUUAAAGUAAUAAAAACGAGCUUCACCAUUACCACUGCAACAACAGAGUGAUGAAGACAUGAAUGAAUCAAUAAUAGAAGAAAUUUGUGUAAUUGGCCAUUCUGCAUGAUGAGUACUUUUACUUUUAGUGCUUUAAGUAUAUUUUGAUGCUUACACUUUUGUAUUUCUACACCACAGUAUUGCUACUUUUACUUGAAUGAAAGAUCUUAAUACCUCCAGCACCACGCCACAUAGUCACAUGAACAAGAAAAGAAACUAAUAAGAGCAUAGUAUAAUUUAUGUGAACUCAGGAAAUUAAGUAAUAUAGUGCAAAAUGUACAGCAUCAGUUUUAGUGAUAGUGUACUUAAAUUAAAGAUGCACUCCCAAAUUCAGCUACAGCACUCCAUAGCAAUACUUUCAUGUCAGUUAGGUGUCAAAGCAUCAGCGGUGAGCUGGUAGAAAAAAAUGUUGGGAUUUGAGAGCACUGUAUGGUCUUAUAAUACAACUAAAAUGUGUAACAUUAAAUUCAAGAAUUGUUGGAAUUCACAUUUUCUUAAAGGUAUUUCAGGGACAGGUUCUGGGACUGGUCCUGCUUUUGUAAGAAGUUCCUUUAUUGUAAUUUAUCUAAUGUAUGUUCUGUUUAUUGCCAUCAUCUUUUUUGUUUGAGAGGUGUGAAUAGUUUGUCAAAAUAUAACACUUAAAUUAUGUUUUAUUCUAAUGUUGUUUUUUCCCAGGGCUUUCAUUGACAUCUCCAUCAGCUGCUAUGCCGAUGAAUCAUUUAUCAAAUUAAUUUUUUCAAGAUUAAAAGUGAAGUUUGACGCCCAAGUGAAAAUGUUACAUUUGCAAUGAGAGUUUAUUUUGCAGCUGGUGAAGCUCCGGGUAUUUAACAUAUCAAAAAUGUACACUUGAGAUAUUGCUGUUCACUUCUGUCUAUGUGCAGGUACUUUUUCACAUUUUCUAAUUAAAAUCCUUAAAUCAUU